CCGGACCCCGACAGCCAUGGCCUCGAACCCGGGUCCGCCGUCGCCGCUGCUCGUGCGGGUGUCCGAGCCCGGCCUGCGGCUACAUCGGAAGCUGGAAAGCUACUUCCAGAGCCGGGCCUCGGGCGGCGGGGAGUGCACCGUCCGGCCCCUUGAGACCAAACUGGAAACUUAUCGGGUGGAGUUCAGGGAAAGGGCAGAUAAGGAAAGAGUGUUGAAAAAAGGAGAGCACCAUAUUACAGUUGACGAUAAAGAAGUGAAUAUUUUCCUGGAAUCUACUGUAAAUCCAGUAAAGGAGAAUACCAGACCCAAAAAAUCUUCACUGACACAGUCACAAGAAAGUGUGACGUCUAGAGAGAAGCAUGUAAGUGGAGAAUGCCGUCCUAGUGCUAUAGAUUCCUAUGUCCAAAAGAUCUUUCUUACCGUCACAGCUGAACUGAACUGCGAGCUAGUCUCUGAAGAGCAGAGGGAACGCAUAACCACUCUUUAUCCCAAUAUUGAAAGAAUCAAGGAUGACAAUGGGAUUGAGAAGCUGUGUGGUGACUUCAGAGACAUUGAAAAUAUACAUUGCUUCUUAAAUGACCAACUCCUGGAAAAUGAGCACAAACAGGAAUCUGCUUUGACAAGGGAGAGGGCGCCUCUCCACCAGCAGGCCUGGGACAGCAGUAUUUCUCCCUCUGAAUCAAAAGCCAAGUCAGAUGAAAACCAUUUGAAAGUUCCCUCACCUUACUUUGAGUAUUUCGUACAUAACUGUCCUGGUACAAUAGAUUCAAUAGAGAAGAAAUUUGGUGUCAAGAUGAAAACUCAGGACAGUUCUCUGUCUGUGAAUAUGGUCUGUGUAGACUUCACUUCAGAUAAGUCGGGUGACCGCGAAGGAGCUCUCAAGUGUUUUACCAGUGAAUUUCAGAAGAUUGUAGGAAAUCUGGAGCCAAGUUCCCUUUUAGCAGGCAGUAAGCAGGCAAAUAAAAUCAAACAGGAAUUGAAUCACCAGUUAACAAAUUUCCCUAUAAAGGAGAAAGAAAAGGAACUAACUCUGUCUACGAUCCAACAUGACAUGUCAGCUGCCAAACAUUUUCUUGUCCCCCAAACCUUUAAAGGUCUUACCAAGGUACCAGUGAAAAUAUCACCUCCUGGGUACAUGAUGAGUGGAAUUAGAGUUGACACUGCUCACUAUAAGCUUUUAAAACCUGAAUUACUCCAGGAGAUAUCAGAGAUAGAACAAAAGUACGACAUUCAAUAUCAAGUUAUUGAGAAUGGUCAGGAAACCUCCAUUCUGUUUGAACCCAGGCACAGGGACUUAGACCUGUCUGUGCACGCUUAUGAAGCUUUCAUCGAUGUCUAUCAACAGGUCUCAUGUCAGCUGACGAGAGAAGUUCUUUCACUGAAAUCUUGGGGCAAAGAGAGAGAGCGCUUACAUGGAACUAGGUUCACUGAUGACUUUAGAAAAAAGCAUCCACAUACAUACUCUCACAUAACCCCAGAGAUAAUGACUUUGAUUGGGUUGCCAAAACUCCUUGCAGAGGCAAAGCAGUAUGUUUUAAAAAAAUUGGGAAUGUCUCCAUUAGCCGGAGAGAAACAGAAUGAAGACCAUGAAACACCCAUGGAUGUCGAUAGUAAUGACUCAAAAACAGCUUCACCAACAUUCCUGCCUUCUGCCAGUGCAGGGCCUGCGGGAACAGACAAGAAAAAGGACUACUGUGUCAUCUGUAUGGACACUAUUAGUGACAAAGAAGUGCUGUCAAAAUGUAAGCAUGAGUUCUGCGCCCCUUGUAUCCAGAAGGCCAUGAAAGAUAAGCCGGUCUGUCCUGUGUGCCAGGUUAGCUACGGUCUCCAGAAAGGAAAUCAGCCAGACGGAACCAUGGCUAUCACUAUCGCAAAACAAUCACUUCCAGGUUAUGAAUUCUGUAACACCAUUGUGAUUACUUAUACUAUGGAAGGAGGCAUACAAACAAAAGAACACCCAAAUCCAGGAGUGAGCUAUCCUGGAGUACGGCGAGUUGCAUACUUGCCAGAUAAUGAAGAAGGAAAUAAGGUUUUGAAACUGCUUCAAAGGGCUUUUAAACAAAAACUGAUUUUCACAGUGGGGUAUUCUCGAACACAAGGUCUCCCAAAUGUCAUUACAUGGAAUGAUAUCCACCAUAAGACGAACCGUUUUGGGGGACCAGAAGGAUAUGGCUACCCUGAUCCUGGUUAUCUGAAACGUGUCAAACAGGAGCUGAAAGAUAAAGGUAUUGAAUAAGGAGAAUGCUGGAAGGGUAUCUUGAUCCAAGCUUUCAAAUGACACAGUUGAAUAAGUAAACACCAAUUUAAAUUGUUACGUAGACAAGACAAUGUUUUAAAAGUUUUCAUCUGUUAAAGAAGUGGUAUGUGUGAGAAUCUACUAGUUUGCUAUUUCUACAGUAUUGCUUUUUAUGGAAGAUAAAAGCCUCUAAAUAUCUGUGUAAUUUUGACAAGGAGGUGUUGAGCCUUGUUCUUGUAUCAUUGUGGGAGGUGGUUAUCUAUGGGUCUGAAAUCUUCUAUAUUCUAGCUGCCAAAUAUUCCUCUUUAUUACAAUCUCUGGGAUGGUCCUUUAGUUUUUGUUUGUUUGCUCUUUAAUCUCCACCCUAAAAUAAAAUCUUAGUGUGAAAGAGGGGUGAGGGAAAGCUUUGGUAAUGAAAAAUCUGAGAUCCACUUUUCCUUCGUCCCGUGGCUAGAAAUGUAGCUAGGAGCAGAGUUUGGGCAACCAUUGGUAAUAAAAGGAAUAAGACUAUUCUUUUUCAAGACAAAGAUACUGGUAUAUAGUUGGUGCUUAAUAAAGUUUUGUAAAUAAGGAUGGUUAAUAACCCAGCAUAGAGAUACAUGCUCCCUAAAUCUUUGGCAAAACGAGUAAGGAAGCCAUUUCUGAAGUCAACAGUGAUUUGGAAAACUGAGUUUCUUACUACAAAAUACUUGGCUUAUGAACUAGCCAAGUCUCUAACUGGUCCUUGCUUCUCAAUCCUUAUAAGCUGCCAUAUGAGAGGCACUUGCCCCAGCAUUGUAAUGUUACACAUUUCUGAACAUUUUUUUCCCUUCUGGAUAUUUUGGUAUUUUUUUAAUUUAUCCUGCUUCCAGUUUUAGCUAAUAAGUAACGUCAGUUUACCAUAGACUGUCAUUUUCUCAGUAACUAUAGACCUCACAGUAGUUUUUCCUAAAUCCAGCAAUGUCUUGUUUUCGCCCUUAAAUCAUUUUCUCUGAUACUCUCUUUUGACAGAGAAAAGGCAAGAAUUGAAUCUACUAUAAGGGAUACAUAACAAACAUAUCAAAAAUUCAAAUUGUUCUCUCAAUCAGAAGAAAGUCUUAGUAGCAAAUUAUCUGAUUAUCCAUAUACUAGUCUCUCUCCAAAAAUGGCAAAUGAGAUGUCUUUAUUUUCCUAAAGGUGUACAUAGCACUUAUGCAAGUUUUAGGCUUAGAUAAUAAUGGAUAAUGUUUACUGUGUACUUUUUAUGAAAACUUCAUACCUAUGUGAUUGAUACGAUUAGCAUCCCCUUUUUAUAGCUGACAAAACUGAGCACAGGGAGGAUAAGCACCCAGACAAAGGUCACAGAGUUAAUAAGUAGAAAUGCUAGGGUUUGAAGUGUAGUCUGACUCCAGGACGUCUGCAUCCCAGAAGCUAUUCUGUACCCCAGAAACUGUACUUCCCCAUGAAGUAGGCUGAGGAAUCCCAUUAUUCUGGGCUUCUCUCAGAAAUGGAUUCCUAUGCAAAGCAGUUUUCUUCCAAGAAAGUCCUGUUUGAAGAACUUAAAAACCCAGAAUCUAUUUCUUUGUCCAGAGUUGAAGAUUAUGCAUUUAACUUACCACGAAUAUUCAUUAAAGUCAUUAUAGUUAUGGUUCAUUUGUAUUUGCUGGUCUUUGAGCUAAAUUUGCUUCAAAAAAGCAAAAGUUUGGUUCUUACUAAGUUCUGAAUCCCUCAUUACAAUGUGGAUGCAAGUUUCGUGGUGUGAAUUGGCUGUGAACCGUUGGAUAACUUCUCAUGCUCUGUGGAAGAUAUAUCAUCUCUUUCUGCCUUAAAUAAAGUCAUAUCCUUACUGUGAACAGAUUGUCUAUGUUCUUUUCUAACUCCAUUUU